GCGCAAAAGGAAAAGGAAGAAGAACCAACGAAAACCCUUUUUGAUUUCUGGUUUUACAGCUAAAAGAAGCUAGAAAGUCACUGUUUUUCCUUUUAUUUUCUGCUUAAUGUUCCUAACUUUUUUGUCCAAAAGUGGCGAAAAUGAGCAUAAGUGCAGUGAGGAUGAUUCAGGGUCAGAGAUUCACAUACCAGCAGAUAUAGAUUGGCAUAUGCUUGAUAAAUCCAAGUUCUUUUUCCUUGGUGGUGCUUUGUUUUCAGGUGUAUCAGCUGCUCUUUACCCUAUAGUGGUGUUGAAAACUAGGCAACAAGUUGCAUCUACACAAGUUUCUUGCUUUAAAAUGUGUUUUACCAUCAUGAAAUAUGAAGGAUUUAGAGGGUUCUAUAGGGGUUUUGGUACCUCUUUGAUGGGGACAAUCCCAGCUAGAUCCCUUUACAUGGGAGCCCUUGAGGUUACCAAGAGCAGUGUUGGCACUGCAACUGUUAGUUUAGGGUAUUCAGAUACUUCAGCAACUGCUAUAUCUAAUGCAGCUGCUGGUUUGAGUUCAGCCAUGGCUGCUCAACUGGUCUGGACCCCAAUUGAUGUUGUGAGCCAAAGGCUUAUGGUUCAAGGAUACAAUGAUGUCAACAGUAGCAAAAAUGUGAACAAUGUGAAUUUUUGUAGAUACAGGAAUGGUUUUGAUGCGUUUAGGAAAAUUCUAUAUGCAGAUGGUCCUAAAGGACUAUACAGGGGAUUUGGGAUCUCGAUCUUGACGUACGCCCCGUCGAACGCCGUUUGGUGGGCAUCUUACUCCGUUGCACACAAGUUCAUUUGGAGUGGUAUCGGUUGCUCCUUGUGUAAAAAAGAUGAGAGUGGUUUUAGGCCUGAAUCGAAGGCCUUUGUGGCUGUCCAAGGGGUAAGUGCAGCCAUGGCCAGUGGCGUUUCGGCUUUGAUCACCAUGCCACUCGACACCAUCAAGACCAGAUUACAGGUACUGGACAGGGAAGAGAAUGGGAUAAGAAAACCAUCGAGUGUGCCGCAAACGGUGCGGAAUUUAGUACAAGGAGGAGGAUUGGCAGCUUGUUACAGAGGAUUGGGACCACGAUGGGCAUCGAUGGCUAUGUCAGCUACAACCAUGAUCAUGACCUAUGAGUUCUUGAAGCGGCUAUCGACCAAGACCCGAGAGCCAUUGACAACAUGAAAAGAGAGCCUGAUGGGUUUAACCAGUUUGCUUAGUAAGGAGUUACUAACUGUAAAUUCUUUUCUUCCUUUGGUUUGUUAAUGUAAAAAGUAUAUCUGGCAGUUUGUUUAUCCUUCCC